GACAGAAACAGGAAGCGAGUGCACAUUCGGUUCGAUGCGGUCCAGCUGGGGGUGCAGUGCAGUGGCCGGGCUCUUGGGGGCACUGUCAGCAUGUUUGGCCAAACUUGCCCUAGGGGCAGAUUAUCUGCGGGAUAUAUGUGAAUCUGCAGCAGGGGGGGCAGGAGGAAUCUGUGACUGGGUAUGUUACUGUUAAUGGGACUCUGAUGAUUUUGCUGCUGUGACCUGAUGGAGUGGUUACUGUAUAGGUAUUGUGUAUUUUGAUGUGAUCAUACAGUCUUUGCCUGUUUGUUUUAAGUGAAUGAUUUACCUUGUGCAGUGGUCAGUAAGGUCAGAAUAAAAAUAAAAUACACACACUAUUGAUUUAUAUAAAUCAAGAGUUAAUCUCUUGUGCGCUGCCUCCCUUCUUUCUAUCUCGUGUGAAUGACAACCUAGGCAAUGGUUCAGAAUCUGUCUUAUGUGGAAAGAUCCCCUGGUGGCAUGGAUAGUAAUAAAGCGUUUUGAGUGGUCUAAAAAUCUAUAAAGGCACCAUGUCUGGUGAUAGUUGGCAUAGAGGGUAUUAACAUUAUUGUAAACAUUUACUGACUGUUUCAAAUUUAUAGACUUCUGAGUGCAUUAUCAAAAUAAAGCAUUUAAACACUGAAACUAGAAAUCUUCUCGGAUCCUACCUGUCUGCCCUCUGUUUUCCAGUUUUGGGCAUUGGCUGACUGUUCCAAUGCCUCCCUGGGCAGGUCCAUCAUGUACACUAUGAGACUUACCCGCUUGUGGUUAUGGCUAUCCUGGUUCAUAUAGCCCCUAGUAAUUUAAUUUGGUUUAGCAAUGUCUCGCAUAUACCUGCCUCCUAUGUUUUCUGGGCAUACAAUUUUUUAAGGGGUUUGUUACUCAAUGGUUUGUUCACACACAUAGCUGAGUGCAGCCACACUCUACUAAUUCAAUUAUUAUGAUUAUUAUUUAUAUAGUACCAGCAAAUAACACAGCGCUGUACAAUGGGUGGACUAACAGACACUUAAUUGUAACCAGACAAAUGGACGCACAGGAACAGAGGGGUUGAGGGCCCUGCUCAAUGAGCUUACAUGCUAGAGGGAGUGGGUUAUAGUGACACAAAGGGUAUAAGUAGGGGGUGCUACCUCAGCAUAAGGCUUGCUAGCUGUGAGUUCAGGGAUAAAUCUUUAAAUUUGUUUGCUGGAGCUCAGACUGUUCCUGCUGACAUGAUAACUCCUGGUAGCUUAGACAUGCCUGACAGCUUGCAUUAGACACCUACUAAGCUUGCCUACACCAAAAGAUAGCCAUGCAUGACAUUAUCCUGUACCUAGCCCGAGCUCCACUGUAUUUUUCUCAUACAAAACAAGCUUAAUUCACAUGCCUCCUUAAUCAGACAUGUAUGUUUAGUAUGUUCUUCUCCCUGUUAAGCCUGAUUCUAAUAUAAUAUAAAAUUGUGCACGUUUGCUCUAACAUCCCACUUGUAAAGCAUGAUAUGACGCUUGAGGGUUGCCGUCGGGGUACCUCAGGCUUGUAUGUACCAAUCUUAUGCACAGCAAAAAUAUAGCUUUUUUUUUUUUAAUUAAAAAAAACUAGACAUUUACAGCGACACUGUUUCUUCUAGAAUUUGUGUACAACCAAAUAUCUAACAAAAAAUUAGCUGUUACAAUCUUGUUCCAACAGCUACUCGCCCUAUAAGCACAAAAUGUUUGACGAUGUCUCCUGUGAUACUGCUUGUUAAUUUCAUUGUAUUGCGCACAAUGUAUUACUUGACAUGUUGGUACAAGAUGAAAAAUAAAGAAUGCCAACAACAACAAAAAAGUUGGCUAUUAGUUGUCCUAAACUUAAAAAAAAAUAGACUACCAGUGUUUUUUACUAGACCGAGAGUUGAAAAUUGCAAAACUGGAAAAAUUCUCUAAGCCAGCUAUGCUUCCUGUUUGACUACUUUGGCCUUAAAUUCAAAGUGCAACACAGGCUCAUUUAGAGUGACAAAUACGCUGACUUGAGUUACGCCAACCAAAAAACUGUUUGGAUUUUUUUUUUGUAAACCUUUUUGUGGUGGUUCUCCCGCCAACCAGGCUUCUGGAAUAAAAGGGAAUCAUGACAUGUCACACAUGUCAUGUGUCCUUAAGGGGUUAAACUUAUCUUUCUUCCAUUGCCAAGUCCAAGUUCUUUCCUCAGCCCGAUCCUUCUUGGCUAACAUAACUUCCCCUUGGUGGAGGGCCCAAAGAGGCCAUUAGUAAUGUGGCACCAGCAUGCUGUGCGUGCUGGCGUCAGACACAAAUUUUGCGCAGAAUUGAUAUUGGCCUGCUCUUGUGGCUAAUGACUCCAAAUGACACAGCCGGAGGAGUUAAUCUCCAUAUCUACAGCGUUUCAAAGUGAAACUCUUCCCAUAUAGACACCAAGCACCAUAAUCACUUCAAGGUGCUUAUGUGGUAUAACUUUUAGAUCUCAAGCAGACUCCACAAAUAUGGAACCUCUCAUUCAGAUCUGUGGGAUCUGAUAUUUAUUUUUCCAUGUAUAAAAUGAAAGAUAUUGAUAACAGUGUAACUAUGUUGCAAGACUAUUGAAUUAAUUGUAUAUUCCUUGUGUUGCAGGUCCACCUGCUACUUCGUGUUAGCUGCAUCUGUCUAGUAUUUGCUUGCAAUGGCAUGAUGUGGACAUUCUUUGCCAAAGGAUUGAGACUCUCCUCCUCUUCAGCUACUGCAACUGUAACAACAACUGCCUCAAACUUUGUGACUUCUGUAAGUAGCUCACUUUUAGUUUGGUCUUUAAAGGGACUCUGUCAAGCUUAACCUGCAAGUCCUGUGCGCAUGAAUUAGAUAUUACGAUAGCAAAGCAUUCUGGGGCAAUUUUUAGGUGGAUGCUAGGUAAAAAGCAUGUAUGGCCAUUGUCUGUCAGCAGAAAUAGAACUAGAUAUGACAUAAAUACUCUAAUAGAAAAAUUGUAUAUAUGUUGAUUAAAAUCAUCUGAGCACCUAUGUAUAAAACACACUAUAGGCAACUACAUCAUUAGCAUCACAAAAGUAAUAUUUUUUAAAAAUAAUGAUUCAAUGCUUAAAAGUGUUACAGCUUAACUACCCUUGCUUUGUGUCAACAUUUCCUUUUUUGACAUCUCAGAUUAAAAGCACAUGGUAAUGAUAAUGAGCACUAGUUGUUUUUGACUACUGUGCCUUUAAAGGGAUACUAUAAGUGCCAGGAAUACUAUCACUAUCCCUUUAUUUACUUACCUGAUCCCAGCGCUGAUAUCAAUCGACACUGGGUCAAAGCUGCUCGCGUAUUAGACCUCCCCAUAGGAAACCAUUGAAUUAAUGCUCUUCUAUGGGGAAAAUCUGACACUGGAGGUCCUCAUGCAGAUCUGGAAGACAGCCACUUGAGGCUGACUUACUGCUACAAUGUAAACAUUGCAGUUUUUCUGGGACUUCAAUGUUUAACAUUGCAGCACUAAGGGCAAUAGGGACACAUUGGUCUGUGUGCCUACAGUAUCCCUUUAAUUAUCUAAUACAGUAGACAGUGAACUCAUAUCACAACAUACAUAUGAUGUGCUGAAUAACUUAUUUUGUAAACUAUUCCCAUAUUUUAAAAAAUGCCUCAAACACAUUAACCACUUUGGUCGGCCCAGUCCCUUCUGGUGUGCCUGUGUCGGUUCAUUUUCACUGAAAAGGUCAUUGUGUGGGUUUCAGUGAUUCAUAAUAUGUUAGUGAAUCUUUUCUUCUAUAGUAAGUCAGUCUGUCAUCAGUCUCAGAUGACCAGGGCUUGACCAGGUUAACAAGAUUUUGUUAAAACACCACCAUUGUUGGGGACGUGGUUUGGCUAAACACCAAGAUGGCCUUUUGAUCCACUCCAUGAAAGAAGAUCCCCAAGCAGAUCUGAAGUCUGGGCUUGAGGGUCUGGCUGCAUAAAUCGAGAGCCUGGUAAUGGACUAUAUCUUCUAUACCGCUCCAAUGACAUGUUCUCCAGACUUGACUAGAUUUUUUUGUACGCAAGACUUAAUGUUUAAGAUGGACCACACUUACAUCCGUGCCAUCAAAUGGUCCGACUACCUGAUGAUGGAGAUGUCAGGUUUGGCCUACUGUUUUAGAAACAGUACCUGGAGACUAAUGACUCCCUCCUCUGCACUGACCGUCUUUUCUGAUUACGCUCCUACUUGUCAACCAAUUAGAUGAUGAUGUGGGGUGCCCUUAAAGCAGUAUUGCUGGGUCACCUCAUUGCUAUUGUGACUAGGAAAAAGUCAGCACAACCAAUUUAGAGCAUGACCUGACUGCAAGAUUGCGUUCCUUGGAAAGGACUCCCAAACAAAUUAUACUGUGGAAUUGCUCUAUGUGGUUGACAUGAGGGAUCAACUGAACCUUUUGCUGUCUCUGCGGGUCCUUCAGGCAGCACAAUGGACCAACCAAAAAUGUUUCCACUUUAUAUGAGGACUUUGAUAAGGCCUCUGUGGGUGGGCCAUGCCUGGCCCUGGCCUACCUGCUUAUUGGGACUCCGACAACAUCAUAUGCAGUGUGCUGUGCCUUUAAUCUCUGAUGAGGACCUAAAAGCACUUAACCAGUAGAUCCUCCUGGAGGAGGCCCCAGGGCUUGAUGACUUCUCUGUUUUACACUAUUAGAAGUUCAAAGAGAUAUUUCUACUAUAUCUCACCUCCCUAUACAACAGUUUCCUCCAGGGUCAGUAAAAUAACUUUUAAAGUGAUGUUAGAAACACUUAUACUUGUGCUCUCUAAAGAAGAAAAAGAUUAUGUGCUGUGUCAAAACUACUGCCCCAUAUGCCUUAUUCUUAUACAUAUCAAGAUGUUAGGACGGUGUAUAUGGUCCAUUCAGUCAUGGCCUCAGGCUCACCCACUUUUUGCUUUCUCUGGAUGCUGUGAAGACUUUUGAGAUCUGGAAGACAGCCACUAGAUGCUGACAGACCACAAUAAUUGCUCUUUCCAGUCCCUGCAUUCAGUAAAUCAGAAUAUCACGAUUCUAGAUUGUGUAAUAUUGUGCAAUCAUUUGAGAACACAAUUUGUGAACACUAAAUUACCUGACUUUCCUUAUCUCUCUUGUGAUAGACUGUAACACUUGGGCUCACACACAAUGGAGUUUGCUUGGUUAACUUAAACAAUGUAAUUCAAAGUAAUAGUAACAUACAAUUAUAUGCUCACUAGUUACAAUUCAACUUUCUGAAUAUGUUGGCUAUAAAAGUGUAGCUUGGCAGCAAAGUAAAGGUUUAGGUUUGAUGAGUAGGAAACAAAGAUUAGACAAGAGAAUUGAAUGUCACAAGGGGCAGACUAGCUAAGGAGUGCAGGAUUAGCAAAGAGCUGUGGAGUCCAUAAAGGGCUUUGGUAAGAGUCUUAGAACAAUGGAAACAUAAAUUAGGUAAUGGUGACAUUUACUGUGAGUUGAGUGCUUGAGACAAAGUCCGUAUGGCUGAGAAUUGAGGAUUAUCCAAGAACGUGGUCGUGACUUAUAAACUGAGGUCUAUUACUGGUAUUGCAGGAGGACACAAGGAUGAUACCGGAGAAUAGUCAGAUAGUGGGAGCUUGGGUAAGAAGCCAGUGAAGGAGAGAUACAAGGUUGGUCCGUAUGCAUAGUCAGGAACAAGAGCCAUGGUCUGAAGCCACGAUGAAAAUGAGUGACCAGACAGGUUACUUUUGGUCCCACAUGAUCUGUGUGACACACGGCACGGCAGGCCAGGGGACUCAAUAAUCAAUUAAUGAGCAAUAUUUAAAUAGGCAGUCGUCAUUGCAACAACCUGAGACAAUAAAAGCGACGCUCCAGACCCCUAAAGCACAUCAGCUUGCUGAAGUGCUUUAGGUGUGAAGAGUGUUUCCACUUUCUUUUCUUUAAAAAAAAAAAAAGUGUACAUUUAAAUAUAAAUUGAUCAACCUUGUCACACGACCCUGGCUAUUAAUCAGACAACUGGUCCUUUUACUCAAUAGAGCUAAACUCAAGAGGCAGGCAAUUGCUCAGAGCACCUGCUUUGCAGAGACUAAUCACUGAGCUGCAUUGGAAUGUUUGUGAUUUGACAGCCACAAAAAGUCUGGAUGGGGUUAGAACAGGAGGGCUUGCAGAGGCUUCAGACAAAAAGUCUACAGCUUUUUAAAGCUGUUUUUAGAUAUAACUACAAUAAUUAAAUACAUACAUAUUUACAUUUGGGAUAUAUCUAUUAAAAAGUAAUUUAUAUAUUUGAGCACUGGAUGUCCCUCUAAGCAUUUAAUAAUUACAUCACGGAUCCAGAACUAUGAGGCUAAGUUAACCCUUACUUGUGGGACAUUCUGACACCGUGCAGCUUAGGAAUCCUAAUGGCUAUUUAGGCCCAAAUACUCUCAUUUAAAAAAAAACAAACUACUUUUUUUUAAAUCUUCAAUUCUGCUAUUUUGGCCUAAAGAAAAAAUGUGUAAUUUUUCACAACUUCCAGCUUAUUGAAAAUAAGUCCGCUUGAGUUAGAUAACAUGUAGACCAACUAGCAAUAGCUAAAGGUAUUGUUGCUUAAUUAUUUUUAUUUUAUUUUUUAGCUAUUUUCCAGAUAUGAUACUUUAUUUUUGUUUGGUUUUACUGGUUAUGUUCUUUUGCUUAUAUGUAGGCUUUUCUGGGAAAGGUGCUGUUUGGAGAAUCUCGCGCACUGCUCUGGUGGGUGGGAAUUUCAAUCACACUCUGCGGACUCCUGUUGCUUCAUAAGGAAUCCCCUCCCUUGGAAGGAACAAGAGAAUCUAAAAAGGAGAACUAAAGAACUCUGACAAGGAAAACAUGCAAGCAUGUGAAUAUAUUUAAUAAAAAGAUGUUAAAUAAACUUUUAUACUAAAUAACUUUUAUAAAACUGUUAGUGCGUUUAAUUUAACUGAUCUAAAUGUGUAAGAAAUCUUACAGUGUCCAAAAAGAAAAUCAAAUGUGUUUAAGGUUUGUAAGUUACAAUGG